AUAAAAUACAAGUCACUCCAUCCCGUCUCCAACCCAAAAGGCAAAAAGAGCAGCUUACUGCGAACAACAACCCGGAGACCUCCUUCAGAAGGACAUUGCCAUUCUUGAAUUCCGACUAAGCUCUCUACCCUCGAACCUCGUCCUCUCCUGCAACCCCGAAACAAACACUUGCUGUAGGUCCAUUCGGCGCAUUCAUUCAUUCAAUUGAAUCAAACUCACCCACCUGCUGGCCGGAGGAGAUAUACCUCGAUAACUACCUACCUAUACAUAGGGUUGCUCGACAACCUAUAACCCUACACCGAACUGCCCUCACAAAAGGAGGCGACACCGCUGCCUCGCUCGCCAUAGCAUAGCAGGUCAAGAUGAUCACACGGUUUCUACGACGAUAUCUUGCGGGGACGAAUUUGGAAGUGUUCAAGUUCGGCAUGUAUCUAGCCUUCCCCAUCGGCUACAUGUACUACUUUGGCACGAAUCUCGAAGACCGGUUCUCAGUACCAGGGUUCUGGCCCACCAAGGAACAGAGCAAUACCAUUCCAUAUGACAAGGAAGAAAUCAAGGCCGAGGUCGAGCGGAUUCGAGAUGUGAUGAAGGAAAGGGAAUUGGAGAGACAGAGGAUCAAAGCACAAACUGAAAGAGCGUUUCAGGAAGUGAGGGAUAAAUUGAGGGAAGGGGGUGGGAGUGGGAGUCGGGAGGAUGGAAGUGUUGUUUCUUCGUGAAGAGAUGAUAAAAACCAAGUUGCAUUGCAUGGCAUGGCAUUGGGUCCGGUUAUGGAAUUCAUUCAGCAUGGCAUGAAAGAAAAGCUUGUAUGUGCAUAUCAUAUGGGAUCAUGAAAAGGUGGACAUGUUUGAUAUCAGACUCAUGGUUUAGAUGGGGGCGGGUUGGUGUAUUUGAACGAUACGGGAACACUUCUCUCUUCAUAGCUGUACAAUAAUUGAUACAUUAAUUUCUCAUAGA